UUCCUUUGCGUUUGCUUUCCAGUGUUUCCCUGAAAAAUUCUAUAAACAUUAGCCCAAUGAUCAUAUAUAUGUGACUGACUUUGGGGAUUCGGCUUCUUAAUUGUUUUAGUUCUUUUUAAAUAUAUUCGUCUGAUUUUUCCCCUUGAUCAAAUGGAAGAAGUGUUCUACCAAUCAAAUAGUAUACCCCAUUGUUUUUUAAAAGAAAGAACUUCUUUAUUAUUUUUUCUUGUUGAAGAAAUUAUUCUAUUGGUCGCUGAAAAUUAGUUCUUUGCCUUAAGCUGUUUGGUUCUCAAUUUUUAUUUGAUUUUAAGAAUUACCCUUUUUGAACUUUUAUGUUGGUAGUUAGUUAAGCUGAAUUUUUGGGUAGAGAGACUUGCAUUUGUCAUCUGAACAUUGUGCAUUGGAAUACAAAUAAGAAAUUAUGAUAACCAGUGGGGCAAGUAGGAGUAAUUUCUUGAGUUUCUUAACAGGAUCCUCAACACAUACCUGGCAGCCCGUCAUGACUACCGAUACUGCCACCUUAAGUUACUGGUUGAACUGGAGGUUCUUACUCUGUGCACUAUUCAUCUUAACCUCUAUGGUUGUGUCAGCAAUUAUAAUUUGGAAAUUUGAAGGUCGGAAAAAAUCAGAACAUCAGGACAGAGAAAAUCAGAAGGAAGCACCAGGGUUUUUAUACGAGGAUGAAGCUUGGAACACAUGUCUUAAAUCCAUUCACCCUGCUUGGCUGCUUAGUUUUAGAGUAUUUGCCUUCAUCAUACUUUUGGCAUUGCUCAUGGCCAAUGUUGUUAUUGAUGGAGGUGGCAUAUUUUACUUUUAUACACAGUGGACAUUUACUUUGGUCACAAUCUACUUUGGGGUUGGAUCUGCAAUCUCCAUAAAUGGAUGUUGCAAACACUGGGGAAAGGUUGGUGGUGAUAGGGCUGAUCAUGUAAGUUUAGAUUCUGAGCAAGGCACCUACAUACCUCCCACUCUUGGGGAAACUGCAGAUGCGACCAACCAGUCGAAACAUUUGGAUACCCAUGAAGCUCCUUAUCAUCCUUCCAAAGCAGGUGCAUGGACUUAUGCCUUUCAAAUUAUUUAUCAGACUUGUGCAGGUGCAGUAAUGCUUACUGAUUCUGUAUUUUGGCUCAUUCUUUUUCCAUUCCUAACAUCCAAAGAUUACGGUCUGAAUUUUCUGAUUGUCUGUAUGCACUCAAUCAAUGCUGUUUUCCUACUCGUUGACACAAUUUUGAAUUGCAUACGGUUCCCUUUGUUCCGGAUUGCAUAUUUUGUUUUAUGGACGGGCACAUUUGUUGUUUUCCAAUGGAUCAUCCAUGCUUGUGUUAAUCUUUGGUGGCCAUAUCCAUUUCUUGACUUGUCAUCCACAUAUGCUCCCUUAUGGUACCUGGGCGUAGGACUGAUGCACGUUCCGUGCUAUGGCAUCUUUGCUUUAAUAAUUAAAUUCAAAGACUUUUCAUUGUCAAGGUCUGUCCCGGAGUCUUAUCGAAAAUGGAGGUAGAAGACAGAUUGCUUUGCUGGGGUUGAGAUUGGAAUUGGGCCGCCACUGCAUUCUAUCAGAUAGCAUAGCCGGAAGAUUACUAAAAUCAGGUGUCUUCUUACUAAUUGUCGUUGAACCGGAAUCUACAGAGUCCAGUCCAAGGUAGCUCAGUUAAAUCAAUAAAUGAUUGAAUUUGUAUAGAAGCUAUUUAGGACAUGGUAGAUAUACAACAUUCUUCACUUAAAUUCCAACUGUCCAACAUUGCCCUGCUCGCAUAGUGUAAGUACAUAAUAAUUGAAACACCCUAGACUUUACGACUUA